AUGAGGCUAUCUUUAUUAUAUCCUAUGCUAGUUCUGCUUCUCAUUAUUACAAUUACGCAAUCAUUUGUUUUGCAAGAAUUACCACUAAAUCAAUAUUCCUUGAAGCGAUAUAAUCGAAAUUUCGAUCCAAUCGAAGAUUUUGAAAAUUAUAUACCGAACUACAAGCCAUCCAUGCUUGAUUAUCGAAGAUUUCGGGAAGUUAGUCUAAUAUGA